AUGGAUCCAUACAAGCUGCGGGAGUUCUGCUCUUCUGCAAUUCCGCAUACAACCACCGGCUUGAGACUUGAGAGCCCUAGAUUGCAAGCUCCUGAAUUCGCACCCAUGGCCGCGCCCGCGCAGAGCCCGCUCCGCCGCUGGAAGCCCUUCUUCCGCGCCUUCGACUCCAUCGACGCCGCCAUGGAGGCCUUCGACCCGGUAGAGUUCUCCCGCCGCGAGUUCCGGGCCGCAAGGGGCGACAUCGUCGAACGCCUCUGCGACGCCGACGACGACGACCAAGUGGAGCGGCUCUGCCUCCUGCUCGACGACGUCAUGGCGGAGUCCCUCGAGACGCUCAGGCUGGUCCCGCUCAUGCCCACGGUGCUCGCCAAAACCGACCUCGCCAAGUGCGUCCGCGCGCUGCACAAGGAUCACCACUCGGAGCGCGUCCGCGUCCUCGCCGGCGGCAUCGUCGCCGCGUGGAGGGCUUCCGUCAAGGACGACGACGCCAAGGUCAGAGAGGUCACGCACAAGGUGGAGAACCUGCCGCAGCCCAAGACGAUGGACCAUCGGACGCAACCUGCCAAGAUCCCGGAGACAUCCGCCAAGAAGACGGUCAGAAAUGCCAUGCCCCCCAAGCUCCUGGACAACCUGCCGCAGCAGCUCAAGACGAUGGACCAUCCGACGCAACCUGCCAAGAUCCCGGAGACACCCGCCAAGAAGAAGACGGUGGAGAUCACAACAAACAGAGCGUCUGAUCCCGUUCCCGUCGCCCCGGGCCUCAUCUUCCGCGGCGACCGUGUCGGGCUCGUCUCCGAGGAGAAGAUGCUAGCUGCAAAACGCAAGUUCAACCAAGCGUACCGGGAGGCAGAGGACGCCAAGCGGCAACGCCUGCCAAUCAAGGUGGUGGCGCCGGAGAUGAUCAAGCAAAUGCAGAAGAGGAAGCAUCCAAUCCUGACGGAGAGGAGACAAGCGAGGUGCGGCAGCUCCAUGAUCAAGAAGACCCUCACCGUCACCAGGCUGCCUUCACAUCAUAGGGUUUAG